AGAGAGGUAGUGUGCGGAUUUCUAAGACAUUUUAGUUUCAGGAGAAAUAUUGUUUUGCGACCUCUAUGUAAUUAAGACUUAGUUAGUUCGGUCAAUAUCCCGCACUGUUUGAUAACCAUGAGACACUUGAAGGGGACUUAAUUCAUCAUGAAGUUGAAGCCAUACUUCAGCAGUACCCAGGCUUGACUGUCCGUGAGUGUACCAGGUUAUGUGAUGAAAAGUUUGAUAUGAGUGACCCAGACGAUGAACAACUGACCACUGAUCUGUGUCAUCAUGCUUGUGACUGGUGAUUUGGUUCACCAUGAGGUCGAAGCCAUCAUGAAUCAAUAUCCACACCUGACCAUUCAUGAGUGUACCGUCAGAUGUGACGCACUGUUUGACAUGGGCACCACAGCGGACGAGCAGGCAACUGAUGAUCUUUGUCGGCAUGCAUGCGAAUGUGAAAUAAGACAAAACUGUGACGCUCACACUCACCCGCCGCACCCGACACAACAGCCACCAAAUGGACGUUAAGACGUCAGAAUGGACUGGGCUUACUCAACAUCUUUAAAAAACCAACUUCCACUAGAAACUCUUUUGAUUAUUUGUUUGUUUUCUUUGCUUCUAUUGGUGAAUAAAUCAUUCAGCAUAACA